CUCGUGCGUGUCGACUGUCUCCGUUCCGCGUCCGGUCAAUUCCUGCAAUGUCCAUCCAUUCUCUUGGCCAUCUGGAUUUCAGCGCCAAUUCCACAACACGAUCGACGACGCUGACGCCGGCUCCCCCUAAUCUGCAUCUCCAAUCAGGGCGCAACGAAGUCAUCUGGUUCUCGCGGAAUGUCAGAAACUGACAGAAUCGGUACCACAAGCGACGACGACCGUGGAGUCCGUUGGGCCAGCUUGAGGCCACCUCCACAGUUCCUGAAAGUGUCAUGUUCGUAGCGCUCUGACGUCGGUCUCGCCCAGCAAGCGCGCUUGGGGCGUCCUUGAGAAUCGCUCGCAAGGGCCACGCAGUGUGUUUGCAUCCGGAGGCACUAGACCCUACUGCCAUUCUUCUAUCUCCCUGAAUCUAUUAGCUCGGAUGAUUCCGGAGUAUCGUGAUUCUGGACCCAUGAGCUGGUCGCGCUUCACAUGACUGCCGCGAAUCCUGAAACCUUUGAUCUCUCGAGAUCUAAGACCUUGAAAAACGUCACUCGCUUAGUCGCUGCUUCUGAUGUGUGGCACGAAGGAAGGAAGGGACAACGCGUUUCCCAGGCCGCCGCCGCUUCUGCGCAGUUAAAUAAGUACUUUGGAAGAACGGAGUUUGGGUUUCCUGACUACGCCUCCUUUCGCCGUUUCCCUGCCCCGCGAUGAGCAACAGCAUCGACAAGGCGACCUUGUUUCGCAUCGUCUCAUUCACACUAGCGGGCGCGGAUGUGUUGCAAACGAUGCCUGCUACAUAUAGACUGUAUAGAAAGCAAUGGGACAACAAGAGUCUGAGCCCUGUCUGUUUCUUCUACGCCAUGUCAAGAUACAUGAGCAUCAUCUCCCUGAUCUCGAAUGGAAUCGGCGCCUUGUCGACCAAUUUCACCUUGGAAUCGUGCAGACGGUUCUACAUGCUGCCCAACAUUACUGCUCUGCUGGCUGGCAUUGCGGUCCAGGCGUUGCUCUUCAUCCGCACAUACGCCAUCUCGGGUCGCUCCAAGUAUGUUAUGUUCGGCCUGAGCGCACUGCUUAUGGUCUGCAUUCCGCUGGAAGUGUUCGGAAUCGUGUACCAUCGUGAUAUGCAACUCAAGGGGGGCGCAUGCAAAGGCAAAGUCUUCCACAAGGGCGACCCAGACUGGAAUGUUGUAUUCUACAGCACCCAGAUGGGUUACGAUCUCAUCGUGUGUGCGGUGGGGACAUAUUUCCUGUGGAGCUCGGCCCUAGUCAACGGACAAUUCAAUGCUUCUCGAUUCGUCCGGCGUGUGCUGCGCAAUGGGCUAUUGUAUACGAUCACAGUGUUCCUAGUGAAUCUCUGGGUCGUUCUGGAGUUUUCCAGGGUGUUUGUCACAGGAGCUGCAUCGACCCUGCCCCUGACCGUUGUCAUGAUCGCGGCUCAGCACCUGAUUCUCAGCAUCCAGAGUCCCCGGGGCACGGACGAUUCUGUCACCGAUCGCCUGCGAUCAGGUCCGAACUCGCGCACGAUCAGCGGGGGACGACACCGCGAGACAACGCAGGGCGUGGAGAUGUACAAAGUCACGGAAACGCACCUCCACCACGACCCGCCACCCCACCACACCCAUCAGCAGAAGAUCACAUUCGAUGCGGAGCGCCAGAGCGUCGACAUCGACAAAUCUGGACACUUCCCCCAUUAGAUUCGGUCGUCCGCCCGUCCGCUCGCUCGCGCCCACAUUCGUUUCGUUAUCUUGUAUAUAUUGACGAAAAGAUUGUACAUAUUGUGCAAUAGAGUCCUUG